AUGGCGACUCCUCCGACAGAAUCAGAACCAUUUCCUUCCUACGUCCCCGACGAUGUCAACGAUGUGUCUUUCAAAAGAGUUGGCAAUAGCACAAGGGAUCCAAGUCGGAGGCCCUCCAUUGUCUCUCGCCUCUCGAAAGCCCCUUCCUCUAUUCGGUCUCGCACACGAACGGGGUCCUUGACCAUGUCCUUCCUCGAGAGCAACCCUCCUCUUGGGAUGUGGCAGGCCACGGGCGAGAUUGGCUCCAAAAUUCCUACGUUGCCAGAAAUCAGGAAUGGCGCUUUCGCCGCCGAGGGGUGGACGCACGAGGGGCAGAUGGAGCGGCGAGGGACGAACCCGCACGAAAUUCAUGCUCGGAGGGUGGCCAGGACAAGUUCUGCCAGCACGAGGACGAGGAAGAGCUCACUUGCGGCGAAUGCACCGCCGGCCAUUGCAGAAGAGAGGCACGAAUUCUUUCCCAAAAGAGCGGCGACCAUGGUGCAGGAACCGUUGUUUGAAGAGGCAGUGGCUCCUCGAGAACAGCAGCCGGCUCAUGGCCAGCCCGAACAAAUCCAGCAAGUUGACAGCUUGGAAAAACACACCGAGACUGCUGCAACGCAAGAGAGAGACUCCUCCAUGACCCCUUCGAAAGCCACGAGUGAACCGCAAGCCGUACGGAUUCAGAGUGGCCCGGACGAGACAGGCACAUAUCCCAAUGGCUACCGCUUCCCCAAGAAACACACCUGGACCCAAUCCAGCAUGAUUGGUCUGCGCGCGUUCUGGAAGUUUUUUCUGACUCCCUUCGGCUUCAUUGUCACCAUCUACGGCCUCAACAUCGUGGGUUGGGGGGCCAUGAUCUUUUUUGUCCUCCUCAAGGCUGCUCCGGCCAUGUGCCACCCGUCGUGCGACGCCGACAGCAGUGCUCGAAAGAAGUGGAUCGAAAUCGACUCGCAAGUCCUCAACGGCCUCUUCUGUGUGACCGCAUUCGGUCUGUUGCCGUGGCGAGCACGAGAUUUUUUUUAUCUCAUGCGAUGGCGGAUCGGCGGUAACGAACGCUUCCACCGCCGCCUCGCCGGCGUAUAUCGGGGAUGGUACCGUCUCCCUGGCUCUGACAAGCUGGAGGAACAUAUCGGCCCUCCCCCAGUGUACAAUAAAGACCAUCCACGCACUCCAGAAGCGCCUCCGCCCUAUACGGAAGAGGAAAUUGCGAAAAUGGAGGAAAACCCUGCCAUCCCGAUUCCUGCAACGUCCAUGCCCGAGCCACCGCUCACGGGCAUCCGCGCUCGUCCUUCAAAAUCCUGGACCAUCGAUUUUGUCGUGUGGAUGUACAUCCUCAAUACCUUUUUCCAGGUCCUACUUUGCGUGUGGAUGUGGCACUGGAACCGGUUCACCCGACCCUCGUGGGGUACGGGUGUCUGGAUCACGUUUGGCUGUCUAGUUGCGAUUGCGGCUGGCGUGUGCGUCUUUAUCGAAGGGUCGAAAGUCAAGAAAAUCGAAGGUAUUCCGGUGCAGGAGUACGACGUGCUCGAAUCGAUCGAGGACUUCCAGGAGAGAAAGGCCAAAGAAGAUUCAAAAGAGGCUAAGAAGAUGGCCCGGCACGAACACCAUCGCCACUUCAGACACGGAGAGAGCCACAAGGUCAUAAGGUCGGAGAAGUUGAAGGGGCAUCAAUGGUUCACCCGGCAUUAG